GCCAACAUCAGAACAGGAGGACCAGAGAGAACGAAAAACAAACGCAUGGAAAUCGCAUCACCAGAAGACUCGCCGAACAUAUUUAGAUAAUCAUGGAUACCGCCUCAAACGAUGGAUUGGCCCCACUUCCGGACGCUACCGGUUUAUCCAAGAAGAAGAUCUUACCAACCGUCGGCCCAAUUGGAUGGGGGAGUAAUUUCAAGAAGAAGAAGAAAAGCACAAGAGUCUCCCUACCCGAACUCCCUCCAUCCUCAGCCGCAGACCAUCCGCCUUCCACACCAUCUCAAGAACCACCCAAGAAAAAGAAACAGAAGAUAACCAAUCAAACCUCGCUCAAGAACCCAUCAGAUCAUGUACUCGCAAACGAUCCCAAAGUAAUACCUACCCCAACUACAGCUCCUCAAACCUCUGCCUCUCAAACCCAAAACACAUCUUCAAAUCUCCAAAACCCCGAAUCUCAACCGGCACCCUCCUCGCUUGCUGAAUCUGCUACAGUCAACCCUGGCCCUCAAGCAUCUUCAGAUACCCACCAGAAACCAGUCUGGCCCUCAUUAGAUUCGUUCUCUAACUUAACCCCUCAAGAGAUCCUCGCAAGGUUUGCUCCCAAAGCGACAUCAACCCCUUCAACCAAAAAGAAGAAGAAAAGUGAAACAGUUCCAGAGCGACCCGUUGUACCUCCAAAUCAAUCAUCAUCUGCAUCCGUCAAAACUAGCAACCCCAAGGAUCUUCAAGCUGGUCAACAAUCAAAUCCUACUACCGAGGAUCCUCGAAUAAUUAAACCGAUCCCACUAUCCCAUCCGAAGAAAUCGCUCAAGAAACUCAAAACUCAGGAACAUCAGUCAACAGAACAACAUGCAGUCUCGCCUAACCCUGGGCCGUCUAGCGAUCAAACCAAUAAAAAUAAUCCUCAACAGCAACACUCUACAGCUCCUGAAAUCAUACCCCAGCCCCAAAAAACCAACGGACUCGAUAAAAAGACUACCAAGACAGUAAAUGCUAAGAAAAAGGCAAACUUACCCACUAAUGCAGGUUCAGAUCAACCGCUGUCUGUCCAAAAAACAAACCCUUCAAGUAACAUUAUCGUGGAUAAGGAUAACACGGCGACCAACGUAGCCAAUAAUCAAGCAGCACCAAUCAGUGGCGAAACCCGAGAAACCCAUACCCGAUUCCGAAAUCAAAGUCAAAAAAAGCCAUCAACAAAACCAAAGCAGCAUGACGAUCAGGAACAGCAACGACAGCAAGAUUUGGUGCCUCCCCCAGUCCCGAGGGCAUUUCCAAUCGCCCCAAUUCCCGAAAACGACCCAGAAAAACUUAGCCAGGUUGAUAGUCCAGCCCCGCGCCCUGGAAAGCGGCGUCGGAUUGAUAAGCCCGCUGCUCAACCCCCGGCGGACGGUUUGACUCUGAUCGACAACCCUUCCCAAAAAGUUUCAGAACCGGGAAGGGACGAAAAUCUUGAGGCAGCAAACUUGAAUCAUGCCAAAGAACUACACCCAUCCCCAGCAUGUCCACUUCACAUCAAUGAAAAAUCUUCAGCUCAGCCUAUAGAAUCCAAUCCAAUUCAACCCGCAAAUACACAGUCGAGCGUUCCUGCCUUACCUGCAAGCAACCAAUCCCAAUCUCAGCUAUUGAGCCACGUGGAAAAAGAAGCAACAAAAGCUCCGGAAGCCAAGCGAAAGCAUCGAAAAUCUACCAAGCAGCCUGCAGGACAACCCGAUCACAACGUAGCUAUAUCGGAAGCUGCCCUGGUCGCUUCACCCAGCCUAUCAAAGUAUUCCAAAGCAGGCAAAAUCGAGACUCCAAAGCCGAACGACCAACCAGGAAAAGGUUCAGCGUCUAGCUCAAUCCCGUUAACCGCACCAAACCUACUGCAGGCCACAAACUCCCAGACCCAAGCGACCUCUACAACCAAAAAUUCACAAACUCAUCAGCCAGCUUUCCCACAAUCAACUGCAACAGUAACCGAUCAAAACAGAAAUCCUAUCCUUCAAUCAGAUAAUCACUACAGAAUUGGAGCUGCCGACCAGCAUUCCCACAAUAUCCCAGAGAGUGUUUGCUCGAACGGGACAAAAAGAGAAAGGAUUAAAACUAAAGCCAAGCAAAAGAAACUUCAAAAAAAGCAGAGCUUGCGCAGUGGAUCGGUUUCGACCACGCAAGAAGUCAAACGUUUCUCCAGCGCAUCGCCCCAUCCCACUCAGAGGGAUUCCCACGUUCCUUCCCGACAGUCCACCCCAAUUUCGAUGAUCAACGUCCCAAAGCACUUCGGUCGAUGGGAGCUCUCAAUUCCGUCGGAUAGGGAUGUCUCCAUGUCCUUACUAGCCCGGAUGCAUCAGUUUCUAGAUGAGGCUGUGUGUGCUGGAUUUGCAAAGCCGAUUUUCCGUGACCCUACUCCGGCAAUUACUGAACCUUCACCCUCAAGCCCUAGGCCUGCUCCAAAAGAGUUGGCGCCAGACGCCCAUGCAACAAAGCUGCCUGAUAAGCCGCCGUCGACUAUUCAAGAUCCAACUCCUGUUACCGACGAAAGCGGCUUUGUAGCACCCGGGGCCAAGAUGCUGUAUCCUUCUGGAACUACCAACCUUGCGGAUAUCGCCCCAAGAAUUAUUCCUGACGGUAGAGGAAAACGAACUUUCAGCAUUUGUUCAUCUUCUCUUAGUGAGGAUAUAAACGAUACGGUAAUGAUGACUUUAGGCUUAGAGGAAAAUUCCCAGUCCGAGUUUGCGGCCGGUUCCAUCAAUCCGAAAGCCCCCAAAGAUCAUGCAGUCGAUUACAUUGAAAAUACUACCGACGCUCCUCCUGACCGGUUGGAGAAGAGUGCUGUCCCAGCACCCAUCUCUGAAACUUCCUCAGAAGCUGAUUUGGGUUCACCUCAUUUGUCAAAGUCCGAGCUACAUUCUAAUAACAAGGGGGCCACCAAACAAGCUGAAAAUGCUAUAGCCAAGAGCGACAUCCAUCAAAUUACACCAUCUAGCGAUGAGCCUGCCACGUCGUCAAACGACUCUUGUUCACCACCAAAACUGACGCAAAACCCACUACCAGGGUCAGCAAUUGAAGUUCAUGGCCGAUCGCCAACGUCCUCCGCACCAUCAACCCAACCGAAGAUUUCAGUCCUAACCCAGAAACCGGUAUCAGACUCGGACUCUUCUAGCGAGGAUGAGUCAGAAGUCUCAGACGACUAUUGUCCACCAGACCAGGCAGAUAAGGCUCCACCGAUUCAAUCGAUAUCAGAGCCCCAGUCUAAAUCAAAUGACUUCACGGAGGCUAAAGAAAGGCUUCCGCCAAAUGGACCAAAUGUACAUUCCACUUCUUCUAUCACAGCCCAUUCCUUGACGCCAAAUAACGGCCUGGACAAGACCUCGCCGGCCCACCAAAUAGUAGCGACAUCGUCUGAUUCCAGUGAGGAUGCUUCCACUGAGGGGGAUUCGGAACCCGCAACCAAAGACAUCACAGUUAACCAAACGGAUAAGACACCAAUGCAAAAGAUCGUUUCAGCAAUUCCUAAUCCAUCCCUACCUCAGCAAAACAUCAUCACUGAGACGCCAUGCGAAUCUGAUUCAUCCUCUGAAGAUGAAUCAGAGUCGUCACCCGAGGAUAGUGCACCACCGUCCGCACAACGCCCACCAAAAUUGGCCAGGGAGGAGAGCUCGAGUUCGGAUUCCGAAUAUUCAUCGGCCAGCUGUUCUGAUGCUACCUCGCCCAAGAACCCUCCUCCCCCGCAGCCUUCGUCUGUCCCCCCAAAUCGAGAUGGAAGGGCUGGGCUCUACGCAAAAGGGCUAGUGGCGGGCAGAAGAAAAACAUUGGACGCCUUCCGGCCGCUAGAUUUCACUUCGAAAACCCGCCAAUCGAUUGGCCAUCCUCCUCUCUCAACAGACCUGACCAAGCAAGCAGACCAUUCCGAUAAAGACUCGAGCAGCUCUAGUGAUGAGGACGAUUCGGAGAGUGAUUCGAGCGGGACGGAUGACGAGCCUUCGACUAAUAAGAAGAAGAAAGCUGACAAUCCAACACUUGGCUUGCCUGCCCACAAACUCGCCGGAAGCGCUGCUUCUUCUAAACCCACUAAAGCCCCUUCAUCUACUGCUAAUCCUACUCCUACCUCCACUAGUCCCAAGAAAAAGUCCGCUAAAGGUCGUAGGUCGAUUGCCCAGUUAUGGGCUAUCGAAGAAGCUAAAAUCAGCAAAUCGAAAAAGAAAUCUUAGUUUGUACUGCAUUUUGAUAUUUAAAUUCAUUCAUGCUUUUGUUGAUCUUUUCCUCAUUCCCUCUUCACGUUUAUACACCCAUGUCAGGCUCUUCAGAUGAUGAACGUUAAGAUGUGCUCUGAGCUCGUUAUGCAUUAAACCCAGUUUUUUUACCUCCUCUGGCUUAUUAGUCUCCCAGAACCUUAGAUGUGCAAUAGUUCCUUAUCCAUAUUCUUGUCUUCCUUGUCUCUCUGGAUCAUUACUACAUUUCUUUUCCUGCUUUAGCUUCCUCUUACUUCUCGCUCAAUAAUACCCACACACACAUGAUCACAUCUCUCUUCGCACAAGCAAAAAAAACAAAAAUGCAAAGGCUCUGUUGGAUUGAUUC